UCGCCCCUGGGGCCAACGCAACCGAUCGCCGAGCGCCGAUCGAAGGUGCAGGUUUCCAAAGCUUUCCAAACUCACCACAGAUGCACGAAAGAGACGUCGCCGCCGCCGUGUAAUAAAAGAAGCAAAUUUGACUUCGUCUGGGGCUUUGGUGUCAGAGAGGGGUUCGAGAAAUUGUGCGCGGCAUCGUAGCAAACAGUGUAAAUGGAGCUUUGAUAGCGAUCGGAAGGACAAAACUUGCUCUCCGCCGUCCAACUCCAAACAAGUGUUUUUUCCCAACAGUGUGUUAUCGAAAAAAGACCAACUCUGAAAAACUGUGCUGCAACGGACACUUACUGAUUGAAUCCCAAGUCCAACAUAAGAUGGCAAAACUAUUUGUGGUUUUUGCCGUUUUGGCUUUGGCGGCCUUUAACGAAGCCAGAGCCAGCGAAAGCGAUCCGCUGCUGAGAUUCAGGCGACAGGCCACCACCGAGGAGGCCAAGAAGGAGGAGUCCUUCGAGAAGGAGCUCUGCAAGGACAAGGACGCCGGCGAGUGGUUCCGCCUGGUGGCCGGAGAGGGCGACAAUUGUCGCGACGUCAUCCAGUGUACCUCAUCGGGUCUGCAAGCCAUUCGUUGCCCUGCUGGCCUGUACUUCGACAUUGAGAAGCAGACUUGCGAUUGGAAGGAGUCGGUGAAGAACUGCAAGUCCAAGAACAAGGAGCGCCGUGUGAAGCCUCUGCUGCACACGGACGAGCCUUUGUGCCAGGACGGAUUCCUUGCCUGCGGCGAUGGAAACUGCAUUGAGCGCGGUCUCUUCUGCAACGGCGAGAAGGAUUGCUCAGAUGGAUCCGACGAGAACACCUGUGAUAUCGACAACGAUCCCAACCGCGCCCCGCCCUGCGACCCCACCGUGUGCGUCCUGCCCGACUGCUUCUGCUCGGAGGACGGCACCUCGAUCCCCGGCGACUUGCCCGCCAAGGACGUGCCCAUGAUGAUCACCAUCACCUUCGACGACGCCAUCAACAACAACAACAUCGAGCUGUACAAGGAGAUGUUCAAGAACCGCAAGAACCCCAACGGGUGCGACAUCAAGGCCACCUACUUCGUGUCCCACAAGUACACCAACUACUCGGCGGUGCAGGAGACGGCCCGCAAGGGACACGAGAUCGCCGUGCACUCGAUCACGCACAACGACGAGGAGCGCUUCUGGUCGAACGCCACGGUCGACGACUGGGCCAAGGAGAUGGCCGGCAUGAGGAUCAUCACGGAGAAGUUCGCCAACAUCACGGACAACUCGGUGGUGGGCGUGCGAGCCCCCUACCUGCGGGUGGGCGGCAACAACCAGUUCACCAUGAUGGAGGAGCAGGCCUUCCUCUACGACUCCACCAUCACGGCUCCGCUGUCGAAUCCGCCACUGUGGCCCUACACCAUGUACUUCAGGAUGCCCCAUCGCUGCCACGGCAACCUGCAGAGCUGCCCCACCCGGUCCCACGCCGUCUGGGAGAUGGUGAUGAACGAGCUGGACCGCCGCGAGGACCCCGCCAACGAUGAGUACCUGCCCGGAUGCGCCAUGGUGGACUCCUGCUCGAACAUCCUGACCGGCGACCAGUUCUACAACUUCCUGAACCACAACUUCGACCGCCACUACGACCAGAACCGCGCUCCCCUGGGCCUGUACUUCCACGCCGCCUGGCUGAAGAACAACCCCGAGUUCCUCGACGCCUUCCUCUACUGGAUCGACGAGAUCCUGGCCAACCACAACGACGUCUACUUCGUGACCAUGACCCAGGUUAUCCAGUGGAUGCAGAACCCGCGCACCAUCAGCGAGGUCAAGAACUUCGAGCCCUGGAGGGAGAAGUGCGUGGUGGAGGGCAAGCCCGCCUGCUGGGUGCCCAACACCUGCAAGCUGACCUCCAAGGAGGUUCCCGGGGAGACCAUCAACCUGCAGACCUGCGUGCGGUGCCCCAACAACUACCCAUGGGUCAGCGAUCCCACUGGCGAUGGUUUCUUCUAAGUCAGCGGUCUUAGUCCCACCCAAACCCGAACUUAGGCCCAGGCCUAGGCCCACACCUCACACCAAACCCUAAGCUCUAUCCCAACACACUCACUCGAUCGAUUAUCGACUAUUUGAAUUUCCUGCAAGACUUUUACGAGUGUACUCUCUUUUGACUGACUUCGAGGAGCAAGUCUUUGCUGUGUUACGGUUACGUUAAACAACAUGAAAAUUCGACACGGAAACCCACAAAAGAUAUUCAAAACUGCAAGCCCCAACAUCCGAACUUGUGUUUACACUCUUUUUGUAGUUUUACGUUAAUUUGUACGUGUAUAUUUAAAUAAAAACAAAAAAUAAAACGAAAAAACCACAAAAAAUCAAGAAAACAAA